AUGAAUAUUAAAACUAUUAAAAUAGUUACGAUUGGCGAUUAUGGUGUUGGUAAAACCACCCUAUUAAUGACAUACACAGCAUCAGGUUCAUUCCCUCAAGAAUAUGUACCUACAGCACUUGACAAUUUUAUUCACGAAGCAACAAUCAAUGGGAAAAAAGCAUCUUUAUCAAUUUGGGAUACUGCAGGUGGUGAAUACUAUCACGAACUAAGACCAUUAAUUUAUCCAGAAACAGAUAUAUUAUUAUUAUUAUUUGCAAUUGAAAACAGAGAAUCUUUUUUACACAUAAAAACAAAUUGGAUUACAGAAAUUAAUCAAUAUAUUCCAGGUAUUCCAAUAAUAUUAGUAGGAACAAAGAUUGAUUUAAGAGAUAGUGAUUUAAUAAAAGAUAAAUCAAAUUUUGUAAAAUAUAAAGAAGGUUUAGCUUUAAGCAAAGAGAUUGGCGCUUCUCACUUUUGUGAAUGUUCAUCACGUAUGAACCUGGGUUUAGAAGAAUUAUUUAAAAAGGUUAUAAAACUAACAAACAACAAUAAUAAUAAUAAUAAUAAUAAUAAAUGUAUAAUAUUGUAA